ACGAACUGAAAAACAUGUUUCGUUCACGAUUGUACUGAAUGUACAAAAACAGUUUUGUACACCAAUAUUAAACAUGGCGUCGCCGUCGCUUUUAUCGGAUUACGAAUGAUGACAGUAUGAAGUAACCUGAAAGUAUCUUGAACAUUAAAUCACAGCGCAGUGAUUAUAUGUAGUUUCACGACACUAUCUCGCAGAAGGUACACUACAAAUGGAGAGAUCAAUGAUGUCUGAACAAUCGGUUAGUCAGACUCAAACGGAAACUGUUUUGGAGACGGAUGUUACGGAUCCUGUAUCUCAGGAUGUUCCAACCGUCCGUCUCAGACUUAGAAAACCAAAAUCUAAUAAAAAGGUUCAAUGGACUCAAGGGACUGUGGAUAAUGAACAUAUGAAUAAAAAGAAAUCUAAAUGUUGUUGCAUAUACGAAAAGCCAAGAAAUUUUGGUGAAAGUAGUUCUGAAGAUAGUGAUGAUGAAUGUGAACAUUGUAAUGGUCCCAAAGAUUCUCAUAAAAGAGCUGUGCCACACAACACAGAGCCUCCUAAAGAAGGAAUUACUUCUAACCCUGAAGCAAUAGUAAAUGCAUCCAUAUAGAUUUACAUUUGUGGCUUAAAUAAUUUUUCCAAAUGGAAA